UCGGGAAAUAACAAGUAAGAGUUUGCAGCAAAACCAAGUUGCAUUGAAGCGGAAGGGUUGGGCAGAGAGUGUCUGUGAUCCCGGCAGUUGCAAUGGGAAGGAUUCGCCUCUCCAGGCAGGGUUAAUACAGGAAGCCGGGCUUUCCUUUCACUUUCAUUCAGCUGGGUGUUGGCUGCAGGAACCAUGGCCGUCCUCCAGUCCCGGGAGCUGGAGGACAAGCUGAGCUGCGCUAUCUGCCUGGACAUUUUCAACGAUCCGGUCACCACCCCCUGCGGCCACAACUUCUGCAUGACGUGUCUCCAGGGCCAUUUGGACAACCAGAGCCCGGCCGGACCCUAUGACUGCCCUGCCUGUAGGACCAAGUUCGAGCAGCAGCCCCAGCCCCUGUACAAGAACCUGCUGCUGGACGAGGUGGUGCAGAUUCUGAAACUGAGAGGGCCCGAGCCCCCGCACUCCGAGGGGGAGCUGUUAGGCUGCCAGGUUCACUGCAAGCCCCUGGACCUGUACUGCAGGAAGGAGCGUCAGUGUAUCUGCUCUGCCUGUGCUGUCAGGGAACACAAGGGACACGACUUGGUCACUGUCGAGGACGAGAGACUCCAGAGAGAGAAGGAACUUGUGGCUAAACAUGAGGAGAUGGAGCGCCAAGUAAAGAAGACAGAAGGGUUAAUCGAUACACUCAAACAGCAGAAGAUUUCCAUUAAGGACUCUGCCUCUCGGGCACAAACAAACUAUGUCAACAAGUUUGUCACAUUAAAGAAGGAGCUGGAGGAGGUGCAGGACAAAGUGAUCGAGUACAUAACGAACGAAGAGCUGGUCGCACUGGAGCAGGCUGACAUUGCCUUGGCGAGACUGGAGGAGAAGUGUACUGAGCUGAGAGGGAUCAGGCUAAUGUUGGCGACCACACUGAAGAGCAAUGACUCUGUACAGAUUUUAAAGUUCCCUCAGGAGAUUCACCCUGUGAAUAAGAGGCAACAGGACAUUACGUUGCCUCCCUCAGACUUGGCAAUAGAGAACAAGCUGGAAGGAGUGAAAAGGGCCUUGGAGCAGAUUUCCAUCCUUACCCACCAGAACCUACAGGGCAUCUUCAGGCAAGCAUCAGAGUCACUGGAUAUUCCAGAGUCCACUGCGACUGACCGAUGUGUUUCUGUGAAACCUCCUGAGCCACGGCCACUCCCAGUAAAUUUGCACAUCAGGGAACCAUUCCUACAGAGAUAUCGUCAGCUGAGUUUCAAUCCCAACACCGUGCACCGAUUCCUCACUCUGUCCAAAGACAACCGCAGGGUCUCCCACAAGGCGACCCAGAAAUACCCGAUGCACGUGGAGCGGUUUGAGAAGGAGUGGCAGGUCCUGUGCUGUGAAAGCUUCGAUACCGGCCAGCACUACUGGGAGGUGCAGAUCAGUAGUCAAUGGGUCUACCUUGGAGUUACUUACAAAAGGAUCAGCAGGCGUGACAAAUCGUCCCUGAUUGGCAGGAACAAUGUCUCUUGGGCCCUGCAGCUCUUCAGCAACAGCUAUUCGGCCUGGCAUGACAGCCAGGAAGUGAAACUGCAGCCGGCAAAUUACAAACGAGUUGGGGUGCACCUGGACUGCACUGCAGGGACCCUGACCUUCUACGGCAUCACUAACACCAUGACUCUGAUCCACACCUUUCAAUCAGUCUUUACUGAGCCGUUGUAUCCUGCUGUUUGGGUGGGGGAUGAUGUUGUUGCCACGCUUUGCCUGCUUCCAUGAGAGCAGGAGCUGCUUCCUGGGAUAGCGGAAAUGGGUUCGAGAAAGAUGGUCUUGCAUUUAUAUAGCACUUUUCACAAUCACCAGACAUCCCAAAGCACUUUACAGCCAAUGAGGUACUUUUGAAAUGUAGUCACUGUUGCAAUGUAGGAAAAGUAGCGGCCAAUUUGCACACAACAAGCUCCCACGCACUGUAAAGUGAUAAGUGUCUAGAUAAUUAUUUUGUGAUGUUAAUUGAGGGAGUUUAUUGUCUCAUCUGAAAGAUGGCAUCUCAGACAAUGCAGCAUCUCCUCAGUACUGAAAUGUCAGCCUGUUUUUUUUAUAUGCCUGAGUCUUGGAAAAGGUGGGAUGUGACCUUUGACUUACUUCAUUCUGGGUUAUUUUGAUGAGGCUGGUAUGAGGGGUGUUUGGGAAGGUGGUGGAGCUUUUGAUAGACCCAACACAGAAGAAAUUAGAUAAAUUAACAUUUAGCCUGUUCUUGGUAGUGGAAUAAAUGGUCUUCAAAUUGUAACAGGUAUUUUUUUAUAUACCCGCCUCAUUUUAAAGCCUGGCCUUGGUUUGGGAUCUUCAAUAAAAACAUUUUCACGGAAAUGUUGUAAAACGUGAACUUGCGGUUAGGAGGGUUUAAAUGGUGAACGUGCAGAGAUAUCCUUGACAACAGAGAACAUUAAGUAAGUCAUUGUCUCACCUCAGCCAGCCUGAAUAAACAUUCAAAUUGAUUAUAGUACAGGGGAUUCUACUCGCGUGAACCCAGGAUGAAGGGUUUGCUGACAAUAUGUUCCUGGGAGAGUAGGUAAUCGGGUUUGGUUGACAGAUGAAGCAAUGAACAGGGAAGGAAUUGCAGGCCCUUCCUUUCCAUGCCCUAUAAAUGGA